AUGCAAUUGUCUUCAUUGAAAGUUGAUCAAAUAAUAAAGAAGACAUCAACAUUCAAGAUUUUUAAAAAUGUGUUGAAAGUUAUCAUCAUUGCUAUAAUUAUUGUCAUCAUCAUAGAAUAUCUUUUUAUCAGCAACUCGAGGACUAGUGUUGGUUUUAAAAAUAGAAAAACUUUGAACAACAGCAUUCCACUACAUUUGAAAAAAUUACAUGACUCUGAUCUUGAAGUCGAAAUAGAUUUAGGCAAAAACAUUCCAAAUGUUUCAAAAUUGAGGCAAUCUGAACAUGAAUAUCACAGCAAUGACAUACCAAAUGAUCACAAAAACCAACACAUUCCAGUAAAUGAUCAUAUCCUGACUGACAGUUCAUUUUUGGCAACAACAAUUUUUCUAGUCAGAAACAACUUUGUAGAUAGAGAUGAUUCAGUAAUACCAAAUCAAGUUGGAGAUAAAGGAGUAACAGAAACCAGUCCGUCAACCAGUAAAUUUAUUGAAAAUGUCAGUUCUAAAUAUUUAGAUUCAUUCCAAGAAAUCAAUGAUGUUGAGAAUGAAGACAGAGAAUUGGCAGGCUAUUUGUUCAAAAAAAAUUUUGAUUCAGUGUCAAAAUUUGCCUCAGAUCAUCUCAUUUUUGAUGAAAAAAAGAGUUUACUACGGUUGAAGCAACUCUGUAGAAAACAUUGGCCAUAUGGAGUCACUCAUAUUUUAGGAGAAAUCAACUCAAACACAAAAUAUGCAAUAUAUUCUUCUACAACUGACACAAAGUCUGCAUCAAAUUAUUUUUUCUAUCUUCCAUUAACUAUUUUGUCAUGGAAAAGAGUUGGAUUUGGUUCCAUAAUAAUAUUUGUUGGGUCCCAGAAAGGGUGGUGUGUCAACCAGCUGCUUGUUUUUAUUGUUGAACAGUGUAUAAACCUUGGAGCAGUACUGAUUUUUGUCAACAACGAAUUUCAAGACAGCAUUAGACUUAGCCAGGUUCUUAGAAUUUUUACUGGCAACAUCAUUAUUUCUCAUUUUCCAAAUGCUAAUGAUGUUUACUUGAUGACCAGUGAUUCAGACAUGUGGCCAUUGAAUGAAGAAAUCUACAUGAUGCCUGCAAACAAAACCAUUCUUUCCAUAAAUUCGAAUUGCUGCUCUCCAUUCAGGCACAGAGGCCAGACCUACAAAAUGUUCCCACUGGCAAAUGUUGCCAUGGACAUAAAGACUUGGUGUCAGCUCACAGAGCAUUUGAACCUCAAUCUCCACAGUACUGUUGAUGACUUGCUCCAAUAUUUGGCUAAUGAGUUUGGUUCUGCCGCAGUUAGACCAGUUGUAAAAGGAGAUAAUAAGGGCUGGUUCAUGGAUCAAUUACUUGUAUCUAUUCUGAUUAGCAGGUGGCAGAAAAUGUAUCCAAACACGGUUCAAUAUGUACCUAGAAACAUCGGAAGGGAUAGAAUUGAUAGGAACAACUGGGUAGUGGUAGAUUUUGAGUAUAAGAAUGAUGCUCACCUUCCUACUGAGGGUUACAAGUCAGAAAAUUGGUUCAGAUUGUUGCCUUUGUUAGAACUUAUGUAUGGCGUUGACUCAUAUUCAUAUAAAUAUUCGUUGAAAUAUUUUCACACUUUCAUAGAUAUCAUGAAAAGAUACUAA